AUGGAUCCUUACGAAGCAGACCCUUCAAAAAUCCCCUCUACGGAUCUCUACGGUGAUAUUCCUCAUUUCGGGCGAUACCUCCCACGCCCAAAUGAUUUUAAGCCAGAUGCACAAUACAUCCAGUCGACAACGCCAGAAGCUAUUGCUUACUGGACUUCCGUGCUUGGCAAAUGUACGCCCGAGGAGCGCAUUUACGAGAAUGAAACAGGCGGCCGCGAUGUGUUUGCCCUCGGCGGAGUUAUUGUCAAGUCAUCGCAUUUGAAGGACGAGCCAGGACGGGACUACACUUUGGCGGAUGCAAAUGAGGUGGCCGCGAUCACCCUUGCCCGAACUGUCCUUGGAAGCAUUCGGACACCGGACAUCUACUUCGCGGGGAAGAUUAACGGCCGCAGCGUUCUGGUGCAGGAGAGGAUCCCCGGCGUGGCCUUGUGUGUAGCAUGGAGGUAUCUCUCGCAGCCACAAAAACAAUCAUUUAAAGAGCAGGCGCGUGACAUCCUCCGGAAACUUCACACCAUCGUCCCACCGCCUUCUGACCCUGGACGCUCAUAUGUUGUCCCGGACCCGGAUCCUGUCAGCAAUCGAGGCAUUCAGGAGCUUGAGCGGGACAUCAUCUUCGCGGAGCAUGCCGACGAUCCAGAUGUAGGUUUUAUGCACAACGACGUCUCGCAAUCAAAUCUCAUUGUAGAUAAGGAUAAGAUUGUUGGGCUAGUCGAUUGGGAAAUGGCAGGCUUCUUUGGGUGGAAAACCGCGGAGGCUGUCGCUCUACACAUCAGAGGGGUUAAAAGAGAACAUUACGCUGCUCUUAACUUGCCUGAGGAGCGUCUACGGGAUAUUUUGUUCUGGAAUGACUUGUACCUAGAAGCCGUGUCACGCAUCUAUAUCUAA